UGUUAUUGGUGUGACUGUAGUUUUAGCCCUCCACCCCACUCUUCUCCAGGGCUGUGAAUCAGGACAGGAUCUAUAAGUGAUGUGAGAGUCCACUCUGAGCAGACGGGGUGUGAAGAUCAGUCUGUUACACAGGACAUUGACAGGUUCACACUGGAUGCUCAGUUGAUUUGAAGGAGAAUCAGCAAAGGUCCAUGGCUAACAACAACAGUGUGAAAGACGUGCUACAGAAUUGUCACCACCAGAAAAACCACAGCAACAUGGAAACCAAUGGAACAAAACGCAAACAUUCAGUCGACCAUGAAGGCUUGAAAUUCAUCCAGAGGAAAAAACGAAGGAAACUUCCAGGACCUAGCAUUCCUAAAAACGCCUUAAUGCAAUUGAACGAGCUUCGACCAGGUUUACAUUUCAAGUUCAUUUCUCAGAAAGGUCCUGUUCAUGCGCCCACUUUCAUCAUGGCUGUUGAGGUGAAUGGGCAGAGUUUUGAAGGACAGGGAAAUACGAAGAAGAAAGCUAAAAUGGUGGCAGCUGAGAAAGCUUUACAUUCCUUUGUGCAAUUUCCGAAUGCUUUUGAAGCUCACCAAGCGAUGGGUAGGCAGGUGGUUAGUACAGACUUUACCUCCGACAGCACUGACCUAGAUAACCUCUUCAACAACUUUGAGAGUGGGGCCAACCACAAAGACAGCUGCAAUGGGUUCGUUAAUGGUAACUCGCGGACAGGGAACGGGGAGGUGGUACCAACGAAAACUCCCACGCUCUCUUCACAGCCCUCAGGUAAAAGUCCUGUGAUGAUUCUUAAUGAGUUAAGGCCAGGUAUAAAGUAUGAGUUUGUGACGGAGACUGGUGACACACACAGUAAGAUGUUUGUCAUGUCUGUGACUGUGGAUGGGGAAGUGUUUCAGGGGUCAGGCAGGAACAAGAGAGUAGCUAAAGCCAGGGCUGCUCAGGCAGCUCUGCGGACACUGCUUAACCAGGACAUCGGAGACCUGACAGGUCUGGAGGAGUUUAGUGAGGGGAACUCCUGUGGGAACCCAUCUCUCCCUGAUCUCAUUUCACAGCUCAUCCUGGAAAAAUUCAGUGAACUCACCAAUAACUACAAAUCACCCUAUGCAAGGAGGAAGGUGUUAGCUGGUGUCGUCAUGACCACAGGUCCCAGCGCAGAUCAGAGUUCUGUCAUAUGUUUGGCCACAGGAACGAAGUGCAUAAAUGGCGAAUAUAUGAGUGACUCCGGUCUGGCGUUAAACGACUGCCAUGCGGAGAUUCUGACUCGACGCUCUCUGGUGCGGUUUCUCUACAGCCAGCUAAAACUACACCUGUCCUCCAAUCCUCAGGAAUCUGCCUGCUCUGUGUUCGUUCGGCGGGAAGAUGGCGCAGGAUUCAGGCUGCGGGACAACAUUCAGUUUCACCUGUACAUCAGUACAGCUCCGUGUGGAGAUGCCCGCAUAUUUUCCCCUCAUGAGGUGAGCCAGGACGGAGAGAGUGGGGACAAACACCCAAACCGUAAGGCUCGCGGACAGUUAAGGACCAAAAUCGAGUCCGGGGAGGGCACGAUUCCUGUACAGUCUUCAGCAGCCAUUCAGACAUGGGACGGGGUACUGCAGGGAGAGAGGCUACUUACAAUGUCAUGCAGUGACAAGAUAGCUCGUUGGAAUCUCCUGGGAAUACAAGGUGCCUUGCUGAGCCACUUCAUUGAGCCUGUCUAUCUGACUAGCAUAGUCCUAGGCAGUCUUUUCCACGGGGAUCAUUUGACCAGAGCUUUAUAUUCACGCUUGUCCAAUGUUCGCAACGUUCGACCCCCAUAUCGUCAUCAUCAGCCUUCCCUAAAGAUCAUCAGCAACCCAGAGUCACGGCAGCCAGGUAAGGCCCCGAACUACAGCGUAAAUUGGUGUCUUGGGGAUCCUGCCCUGGAAGUGAUCAGUGCUAAAACCGGAAAAGACGAACAUGGGCGGAGCUCUCAGAUUUGUAAACAGGCCUUGUAUCAGUGCUUUUGUGGCUUGUACAGCAAGCUGCCAUCAACGACCAGUCAAUCUGUGAUGUCGCGUCCGCGACUCUAUUCCGACGCCAAGGCGUCUGUGAUGGACUACCAGUUGACCAAGCAAGAACUGUUCUCAGCUUUCCAGAGGGCUGGGCUUGGUCACUGGAUCAAGAAACCAAUUGAGCAGGAUCAGUUUGAGUGCGUGAGCUGACCAUAUGAGUUCUUCACCAUCUGAGUUCUUCACCAUCUGGGGACUAAACUGUGACGUUUUGGGAUGAAUCUAGCGUACAUCUAGCUUUAGCACUCUCAUGCUGUCUCCUGAAUGCAGGCAAUGUGACAGUACAAGGGCAUGGCUCCAACUACAUGUAGCUUCCAUAUUAUUGAAGUGAUGAUUUAGUGACUAAAACUCCAUGGAAAUGGAAAAGAACUGUCGACAUAUGCAAUAAUGCAAAAUUCAUAUUGCUUUAAAAAAAUCUGCAAUCAUGACAAUGAAAGAAGCUGUAUGCAAUGGAAUGGCUUUGAUUUCUUUGCCAAAGGCUCUGCUGCAUUUUAUACUUUAUUAUAACACGAGCUUUCCUUUGUACAGUAUAUGUGUAUAAGUGUUUUUUGUGUACAUGAAGGAACUUUUUGUGAAUACAAUAAGUGCAAAUAUCAUAUGAUUUAAUUUUCUUCCAUGUUAAAAGGACUGUUGACGGCCCUUGAUACUCUGUGAUUAGUGCAUACGUACUUGUGAAUAAGUUCAAAUGUAGUUCUUUUGUCGGAGAUUAUGUUAGCUUUUUAGGUAAGAUAAAUCAUUUGAUGGUAAACAGUUAACAAUGACAAAGAACUGGUUUUGAUCUCAGCUAUGAGUUUUAAGUUUUUGAAUGGUAGAUGCAUAUACCACUGUGUUUGUGUGUUUGCCAUUCUGAUUGUUUAUUUUUGUAAAGCUAUAAUUAUAAGCAAUAUUUCAUUUUAAAGAACAAGAAAUAGGACAGCAUAUUUACUUUAGCAAUCAUUUUGAGCAUUAUAAUGUUGGUGCAUAUUGAGUGUCAAUGUGUAAGGAAAUGUAAAUUUUGGUUUUGAGUCCCAUAUUGAACACUUGAUUAUGGGUUUGGAUCUAUUUAAAUGUAAGCUGUAAUUUGAUCAAACAUUUAUGAUCUUUCUUUCUUGCAUAUUGCUUUCUGUAGAAUAUUCACCUGAUCAUGAGUCUUUCAUUUUGUUAACUUAUCCAGACGUUGUAAGUUUCCAUUUUGAUUGGCAACAGGUUAUGGUUGCUUGAGAGCAACGCAGUAUAGCACACCAUACCAUACAAACCAUCCGGCGCCUGUCAAACCUGGAAAUCCAUUUCUGCCCUGAUUGCAUGUGUUGUCUUUACUUGUUUAAAACUUUCGUGUCGACUUUUAAUUUGAAUGAGAAAACCACCAAUAAAAUGUGUGUAUGGCUUAUCAUCAUUUGUCGCUGGCACAUUUUUAGAUCUGUCUGCUGUCAAAAUACACAAAAAUUCUGUGUGGUUAGUUUCAGUUUUUGAAAGUGGUAAGAAAUUGUCAGCUUCAUUGCAAGAAUACAUACAAGGUCAACUAGAAGGGUCUGAGAAUUAACGCCAAAACGUCGAGGUCAUAACUCAGUGCCAUAUGGUGCAUUGAUAAGCUGUAAAGGUGAUGAUGAUGCUGUGGCAGCCUUGAUAAUUCUGUGCAGAUCUUGAUGACACUGUACAGGUCUUGAUAUUGCUGUGCAGGCCUUGAUGAUGCUGUGUAGAUCUUGAUGACACUGUACAGGUCUUGAUAUUGCUGUACGGGUCUUCAUAAUGCUGUACAGGUCUUGAUGCUGGUGAGCAAACCUACUUUUCCAGGAGUUAACACUGUAUUCCAGCUAAAGUUUAGCAUUUUCAAACGACACGUUUUGCUCGACUUUCCACCCUUAUAGGGCCACUUAUGAGUUUUUUUUCUGAAGUUUGAUGAAUUUUUUGGGAGGAAAUUUAAGAAUUGGCAUCAAAAGAAUGAUUGUGAUGAAUUUAUGUAUAUCUGAAAGCGAAUGUUUGCAUACCAAGUUGAGGUGAAAUACAGUAAGCUGGCAGCUAAUCAUAAUGUGACUGUUUAUGGUGGGCCCUACAGUUUUAAUGCCCGGGCACCGUUAUGUGCAUCCAGUGUGGUCGCAAGCAGUUUAACGUCUAAAGAGACAUAGGAGAAAAAGCAUUAUUUUGUACUUAGAGUAGAAGUAAAAUCAGCAUUACGAGUGUGCUAGUAUCUAACAACUUUUUUGACAUUUUCUGUUUGAGUUUUACCCAUGUAGAGAACAUCCCAAGUUUAAAGACAUCCCCUGGCCUAAUUUGCUCAACUUUAUCCCAUUGUAGUAUUUUUACAGCAUAUUUCAUAUAGUUGUUUUGUUUAAUUUAUUUCUUGCUUCCUUGCAGGGAAUGUCCUUGUGUUAUACCAUGUUGAUUUCUAGAACAUGGGAUCAUGUAGUGAUAAUCCUACGUUUACUUGUGUGUCAUUUACAUGUAGCUAUUAUCAAUGCCUUAUCCA